UGUUUCAUCUGUUUUCCCUUUGAGAUCUCCCGUUGUAUCCAUGCAGACACGAGGAGGUUUGUACAGUUUCAAGAGGCAGGGAAGUAUCACUGUGUGCGUUUUAGUACUGGCGUUAGCAACAAGGUUGUGCGAGGACAUGGACUCUAUUUCUAGCUCUGCCCUACCUCUGCCUGACCCAGAUCCCAACGCGCAGCACGGACGUGGUUCAGCUGUGGUGGAGACAACGGCCAGUGCUUGGAGCUGCCCGAGUGCAGGCUGCUUCUGUCCAGAGAACACACGUGCCAGGAAGAAGAAUGCCAACAUGAAUGUGAAGUGAACUGUUUGCUGCGCUCGCCACAGCACCUGGGUGCUCACAUCAAAUGGUUAGAGACUGGGACUUGUCUCUUGCCAAACUGCUUCCUCAGACAAGAUGAAGCUAAGGAAGAGCCUUCUGAUGUGCUGGAGCCACAGUGACUGCUGCCCACUUUAAAAUCGAUGUAAGACUGUGCCUCGGCUGCCUGGCAGGAUGAAAGAAGUGGUGUCGUGGUCACCUGAGGAGGUGACUAAUUGGCUAAUGGAAAAUGCCGUGCCAGAGUACUGUGAGCCAUUGAAAAGCUUCACCGGGCAGGAUUUGAUCAACCUGACAGAGGAAGAUUUCAAGAAGACGCCUCUCUCCCGAGUGUCAUCCGACAGUGGCCAGCAGCUAUUGCACAUGAUCGAGACUUUAAAAAUGGCUCAUCACAUAGAGGCUCACAAAAAUGGGCACGUCAACGGGCACAUCCGUGUCAGCGUUAACAACACCGCACAUGAAAAUGGCUUUAGCAGUAAAACAAAGCUGAACGGGGUGCCAAAUGGUUAUAAGAAGGAGAUGAUAAAGAUCCCCAUGCCAGAGCCAGAGCGCUUGCAGUAUCCCAUGGAAUGGGGCAAAACUUUCCUGGCUUUUAUUUAUGCACUUUUUUGUUUCAUCUUUACCACAGUGACUAUCUCAGUUGUUCACGAACGAGUGCCUCCCAAGGAGGUGCAGCCUCCCCUACCAGAUGCAUUUUUUGAUCGUUUUGAUCGGGUGCAAUGGGCCUUUUCUAUUUGUGAAAUUAACGGCAUGAUCCUUGUAGGACUGUGGUUUGUUCAGUGGCUGCUGUUAAAAUACAAGUCUAUAAUUAGCAGAAGAUUUUUCUGUAUAGUUGGCACACUAUACCUGUAUCGGUGUAUUACAAUGUAUGUAACUACACUCCCAGUACCUGGCAUGCAUUUCAAGUGUUCUCCAAAGCUUUUUGGAGACUGGGAAUCUCACCUGCGAAGGAUAAUGAAGCUGAUAGCUGGCGGAGGAUUGUCCAUCACAGGAUCCCACAACAUGUGCGGCGACUAUCUGUACAGCGGGCACACCGUCAUAUUAACUCUCACAUACUUAUUUAUCAAAGAGUAUUCCCCACGGCGACUCUGGUGGUAUCACUGGCUUUGCUGGAUACUCAGCAUGGCUGGGAUGUUCUGCAUCCUCCUUGCUCAUGACCACUACACUGUGGACGUGGUGGUGGCUUACUACAUCACUACAAGACUUUUCUGGUGGUAUCACACAAUGGCCAACCAGCAAGUGCUAAAAGAAGCUUCCCCAGCCAACCUCCUUGCAAGGGUCUGGUGGUACAAGCCUUUCCAGUACUUUGAAAAGAAUGUCCAAGGGAUCGUACCUCGCUCCUACCACUGGCCCUUCCCCUGGCCGGUGCUGCACCGGGGCAGGCAGGUGAAAUACAGUCGGCUGGUGAAUGACACAUAGCAGCGUGUUGGUGGACAGAGGGGGAGAGGGCCUGUCCCAAGUGCUAAGAACUCCAUGCAAAAAGAUGCCAUAAAAAAAAACAACAAACCAACCCCAACCCUCCCUAACCCUUUCUUUUAGCAGCUCCCUUGACUUAAACUAUUCAGUUACCUGGUAAGCACUGUGAUCUUUUUUUUUCUCUCCAAAGGAUCUGCGUUGGACAACAAUAAAGAGAAUUUAACUUAUCACGCACUGUUAUACAUUUCUUGUUAAUAGAUUUGGGAUUUACAUUACCCAUCACCACGUUCCUUUGUAUAUGAUGCAACAGCAUAAAUGAAAGCUUUUAUACCAUAAGUUCUGGUCUUUCCAGUCACGUCUGGGAAUAAUGCGUAUUAUUUUCUUGGGAAAACAUACUUUUCAUAUCUCUUGCCCCAAAGAUUGGGCUGUAAGCCAUUUUCUAGCUAAUGACUCUAUGAAGGUUUCUGAAUACCUGCCUCGGGUAAAUCGAGAAAUCUUUCUACCUGUUGCACCGCGAUACAAACGAGAUGACAGACACAGGAAGGUUUGGUAAUCUUGAUUUUGUAGAAUCUGCAGUGACUGUGUCAAAAAGUGCAAAAAAGAAAAAAAAAAAAAA